AUGAGGACUCCGUCACCUCAAACACUCGGCGGCUUCCUCCUCGUCCUCCGAGGUUACGCCGAAGCCCAAAUAACACUCGCACCAAUACCCACCAGUGCCUGCGUUGGCCAGGGUCUAUCUGGUUCGGCAACAUUCGCCAGCUCCAUCAGCCUUGCCACAGGCGCACAGCGGAUACCGGCCGGAGAUUUCUGGAAUCAGGUUGGGGCUGAAUGGGUAUUCGACACAGAUACAAGUGGUGUUCUCUUCAGUGACCUAGCAGCAAACGAUGGUCCAGACACACCUGCUAUAGACUCAAAAGCUGUGAGUCUCGAUGACAGCAGCACCAAAUGGACAUUCUCUGCUGCCAGUGGUGUUUCCGAGGUUGACAUCGUUUUCAACGCUGGACCCACCAGUGCCGCAAAAUUCAGACGAGCUGCCUCAUCCUUUGAAUUGAUCAUCACCGCUAGCGUUCCCUGUUCCGACGACGCUGGGCAACCAUCCCCAACUCCUACUGCAACUAACAGUCAGAAUGCCGCGAACCCAUCGCAAGCCUCUCUAUGCAGCAACGCGGCCAUCGAAACUACAGACACGGAUGAAUGGUCCAAUUAUGGGGUUGACACCUAUGUCUCAAGCGUAUUGGCGGCUGCUGCCACAAAUUCUCUCUCACCUCAAGUCGACGCGGCGAAGGUUCUCCAAGAAGACGUCGGUGCGGCAGAUGAAUGCCAAUAUACCACACCUUGUGAUGAUUAUGCUUGUAAAGAUAUCAAAGACUCGGCCUCCGGAUCCAACCUUGUGAUACAACGCUACUUGGCAUACAAUGCCUUUGUCAACCUUAACAAUUUCUUCGAGGUCAUGAUAAGCCAACUGCUUACCGCGUCGAACAACGGCUUGGGCAUAUCGACAGCAAUCUCAACCACUUUCUACACGGACCCGCCACCUGCAACCACGUGGAGCCAGAUUAUGGGGGCCAUGACGCCCUUCCUCGGAAUACUCAGUGCUGUCCUCGGACCUAUCGGUGCCGCUACCGAAAGUGCGGUUGUCGCAUCCGUCCAGAGUAUAAUGGGCGCGGCGACUGGGAUCCAAGCUACCAAAACAUCCCCUGUCAUUGAUCAAAGAUUCACAGAGGCAGGUGAUAUUGAUCAAUGGACUCAAAACUACCUCCAAGCGACAUAUCCGUCGCUAGAAGCCGCGUACGAAUUGACAAUCGGCAACGCCUCUGCUGCCUCCUGGACGUCUACCGAGGGCGGUAACAAACCAGUAAUGGCCGGUGGAGAAUGGCUUACUAAACCCUAUUCUUCAACCUUUGUCAAUACCAUGCUAGACAAUUUCGACAAGAUCGUGACGUAUAAGAUGAUCAACUACAUAUGGAACGCGUCCGACACAUUCGUCGUCUACGUUCCGUACGGACCCGUGAUGCUAAACAGCGACAAGAUGGGUACCGUCAGCGCCUCGGACUGCAACGGCUGGAAGGGAUCCGAUCCCUUCCUCAAUUGCAACGCCCCAGGGCCGGGAAUGGCUCGGGUUUUCAAUCCCAACAAUGCAAAAAUCCUGGACACCACCAAUCCAAUGGGCGCAACGAGCGGUUUCAAAGUCGGCAUCGCGACCCCAGUCCCCAUCGACAUCACCCUCGUCACCGCCGGCGCCGUCAACUCCUGGCUCGCCGGCAAUUACAACUACGACCUCUCAGAUGCCUACCCGGACGUCAGCCAGGGCGAAUUAUCCGGCACCGACGCCGCUAGCCUCGCGAAGCUGUCCGUGACGCAGGAUACGGCUGGCUUCUUCAACCUGCCCGUGUGCAAGGUGUUGGAUCUGAGGAGUUUUCCGAACGCGGCGGCGGGGACGGGCUACGCGAACACGCUCUGCGGCUGCGCUUCGGGCUCCGCGGUCGGCGGCGCCAGCAAUGGCGGCAACAUCAAGUUCUAUGAUAGCGUCUCCAGCAAAAUCCAAAAAUAUGUGCUGCCCGCGCCCGUCAAGGGCCAGAACGGUAACUGCCCUGGUGACCUCAAUCCGGCGUUGAACCAGAUCGCUUGA